AUGACAACAGAGGCAGCAACGACUUUGACUCCGGUGACGGACACGCCAUCGCCUCUUAACGGAGCAGGUAACUAUUAGCACGUUUCAAGCCCCACCCGUUUCUCAAUAUUCCCAGUAACUUAACGGGCCCCAAGAGCUACAUCCAGUCAAUCAAAGUAUAAGGAAUAAUGGUGCGGUUUCUAGCUAAGAAGUCCAUUCUUGCAAUGCAAGAACAGUCUUAAGUUGAAUUUUAUAGUUUUCUUGCAUUGCAUUCAAACCCAUCAAAACUGCAAAUUUACAAGCAAGCAUAAAACAGCUUUCCAGGCCCGGGAAUUAUUCGGACCUUCUUGAUGAAGGCAAGGCUAGGGAAAGUACAGUAAUGCUUAGAAACCUCAGGAAAACACCUAGCCAUCAUAUUCAUCAUUAUAGAGUUUGGACAGUGAAAAUUUCGAUCGUGUCGACCUUGCCAGGCUUCACAUCUAGUAUUACUUUACUUAUAUUAUGAAAAUUUAUAUCAGAAAACUCAAGUUCUUUUUACUUCCUAAGAAGAAACACCCGUAAUAGUGAUAGUUAACAAACAAGGUCUUCAUAGGUGCAGAUAAUUGUAAAAAAUAUCCUCUAGUUACGCUUUUUUCCAUGUUUUUCCUGUUUGAAUGAAGGGUUGAGUAUACGUAACUAUUUUAGAGCUCGAUGGACCUAGCACAAUUGAUUAGGAGAGUGCCCCACUGACGACACUGAUGAAAAAAAAACCUGUCAUGUUUAGUCCUGAACAUUUCUUUUUUCUCGAAAAGAUGCAGCCUGUUUGAAAGCCCACAAUGAUAAGCGUUCUGUUCAUGGAUCCCCACGGCUGACUUGGAAUGCUACACUUGCUGAGCAUGCGCAGUAUUGGGCUCAUGAGUUGGUUCGGCUGGGUAGCCUGAUGCAUCAGCAGGGUAUCAGUGAAGGCGAAAACUUGUUCAAGUCAUCUGGUCAAACUGAAAAGACAUGUGUAGAUGCCGUGCGAGCAUGGUAGGUUAUCUAGACUGCAGUUCACAGCUCCCUAUUUUUUCGUAUGAUCGUCAGGAUCGAGCUCGUACCGGUACGGGCGGUCACCUUGGUUUUACAUGUACCGAGGGGGCAGGCGUCGGGUGUUAAAGCGAACGCCCCCUAAGUAGCUACAUUUGGCACUCAUCCAAGAUGGCCGCUCGUAACGUACGCAGCGCUCGAUCUCAAGGAUCUUACGGAAGAAUAGGCGACUGUGAACAGUCUACGAUAAUGCAGAUACCACUGACAUUCAAAUAAGUGACCGGUCGUGCUUAUAUGAAAGUUGAAUUAGGCGAGUUAAGGCGGUAAAUGCUGCUGUUGUUUAAACCUUCUCAGGUUAUUGACAUAUAAUUAUUUAUAUAUAAACACUAAGAAAGGCAAAACCCUAGCGACAAACCAAACAGGAUUGCCGGAUCGUGUGAUCCCUGUGGCAAGAAGAGCGAGAGAAAAGAAAAGAAAAAAUAAUCAAAGGGUAAAGACUAUUUGCUUGGAAUUUUGCUUUACAGACCGAAACCUCCUACUGGAGCUAAAAAAGAAAAAAUUGAUACAAUUAAGAUGAACGUUGCAUGUGCGUGAAUAGAAGAAUAGCGAACGUAACAGAAAUUGAUAGCUACAAAAAAUUCAAAUGUAACAAAAAACAACUAAGACCGAAUCCCUUUGUUAUUACGUAUCCAGCUCUUCCUAACUUUUCCACUAAAAUAAAGGCAUUCUAAAUUAUCAAGUUCCAGAAAACAAAUAUUCUUGUCCCUAACCAUCUUUACUUAUAAAUAACCUGAGAUCAGGCCCAAUUUUAGCGGUUCUCAUACAAAGCGAAACGAAAAUUGAGCCUGAUCUCGGGUUACUUAUAAACGACGUCCCAACAUGAGGGACGAGAGAGAUUUUUAAAGGGGGGGAGGGGGAGGGCGCUUUUUCCAAAUUUAGGCUUACAGUCAGUGGGGUUUGUUGGGAACGUCGAUGAUCCCAGGUUUGAAAACUAAAUGACCUACUUACUGCACAUACCCUUUAUCAUUUGCUACCGAAUAAAUAAGCCUUAACAUAUGUAUUUGGCGUUUAAGGUAUGGCGAAAUUGCGCAAUAUGCUUUCAACAACCCUGGCUUUUCCGCGUCAACUGGACAUUUCACACAGGUAAGAAAUAGCGCCUGCUAUUUCAUGGCGAGCACACUAAUAAUCGACUUAAAGCCUGUUUACAUGGAGGUGGGGGACCCCAGGUGACCCCAGGAAGGUGAGGUAACCCGCUUACUUUAGAUAACCCACCUGUCCAUAUAAUCUCUCAUUUUAAUUUGAUCACAUCUACAUGAAAGGUGGGGUGACCAUAUGAGAGAUUAUAUGGACAGGCGGGUUACCUCACUUACCUGGGGUCUCCUACCUCUAUGUAAAAAGAUCCCUAAGGCGAGUACAUUCACGUUUACCUUGCGAGCAGAAGUUUCUCUCUUGCAUGGCUUUUAUCAUGUACGAAGUCGUUAGCGUGGCUUUUCUGUCGCGUGGUUAGUUUGUUUACGCCCCGUUUCUCUGGGAACGUCGCUACGUAAACGAUAAAAGCCAUGCAAGAGAGAAACCUCAGAACUUUGGCACAGAUGAGAUAACAUCUGCGAUUGCCGAAGGCGCCAGCCACUUAGGAGGUCCGAGGUAUUCCCCCAGGAUUUUUGAAAUCCAGUUAUCUUUGAAACGCUGACUUGUUUGGCCGGGGAUUAUUUUUCAAGUUAAACGGUUUUAUUAUUUUGUGUCAAAAUCUAGACGAUUCCUUACUUUUUGCUAGCUAUACGUCCCUGGACCAUCGCAAGCACUCUUCUUAUACGAGGGCGCUGUGCUAUUCAGAAGUUCACUGGACGAAAUCUCCCACUUCUCUUGCGGUCAAUUUUUUCCUCUUUUAAAUUACUAUUCUGGUUGCGCAAUGUUUAAUUUAUUCAGUCGAUGGCCUAUGCUUAAGAUAUCUUCGUGCUUUAUGAAUGAAUGACAAUAGCUUUUCAUUCAUAUAUUAGGUUGUUUGGAAGGCUACGACACAAGUGGGAGUAGCUACCAUUACGGAAUUUCACCCUGAGACGGGAAAUCUCGACACCUACGUAGUGGCUCGCUAUACUCCAGCAGGAAAUGUGUUAGGAAAGUUUGAACAAAACGUACUCCCAACAAGCAUUAUCGAAAACAACAUCGACAACUCUGCUUAGGGUAAGAAUGUUUAGUAAGUGUCUUAUGUCACGUAAAGGGACUGUGUCACGGUUCAUGGAAAAGUUCAUUUUGUUAAUAAUGCCAGUUACGGGUCUUUUUUCGCUAUCAAACUUGAAAAAUUACUUGUAAAUGGCAAAUUUACAGCUUCCUCUGAAACAAAUAUGUCUCUCAGGCCUUCAGUAUCAAGUACACUCGAAAAAAAUGAACUUUGAAAAACUGUUAGGCUCGUUAGCAAGUUUUCAAAAACCGCAAUUGUAAUCCGUUUCAGUCUUCUUCAAGUUUAUCCAUCCACCACUCUCUUUUAAUUUGCAUUGUUGAUUAUACCUUGUUUUAAAUUUUUGAGCAGUUAUUUAAAUGUUUCACUCAGUUCAAUGACCUUUCCCACUGUCUGAAUUUUGAUAAAUUUCUGAUGACAUAGCACCCUAAGACGAGCCAGUCUGGGUCAUAAACUGUUGCGGUAAAUUGUGCCAUAGGACUACUUUGAUUUUUUGACUGGUCGAUUGGAAUUUAGGCCAGAACCUGAGUAAACUUCAUCCAGUAGACAGUCCCACGUGACAAUCCAACAAAACCCGACCCAGUCCAAUGCGCAACCACAAAAUGGCAAGGCCUGGGGCCUAGGUUGAAUGACCAAUAGGGAUUCAGGUUUAAAAAAAAAUGGAUCACUGAAUUUGCAUUUGAGGCGCGCCUGCCCUCUACUUUAUAACAAAAGUUUGCUGUUGCCUCCUGACAAGAGAGAAUGAGGUAAGAGAGCGAAUCCCUGUGCCCCAUGAUAAUUAUUUUCAGUCUUUUUUUAGUUCGCGCCAUGCUGCGAGGGUUAUUUUUGAAUUCUGUUCCCAUGAGCUCAUUCUCUCUUGCUCCUGAUUGAAACCAAAAGUUUGGUAUUUGUUCUUUUUUGUUCUCAAAUGGCUCUGCAUGUUUUUUUGGUUUUUUCAAUAUUCUACUAACAUAGGCCAGCACACAGUGACCUCUUUCAGAUACUUUUCUUUUCUAGUUAAAACAUAGCUUUUGUUUUGUUCAAUUUCUGAAUUGUAUCUUUCUCUUAUUCUAGGAUGAAGAACUUAAUUCUCAGGAUUAG